GUUCUCUCACUGGAAUGAAAGAUGUUUUGUUUAUUUCUAAUCAACUAUGCUAGAUAGCUGCAAACUGAAAAGUGCCUGCAAUUUCCCAUUGAUUUCUAAUAAGAAAAUAAAUACUCCUGUAACCAGUAAUGCAGAUGUUCCUUUGGCUGAUCCCGGAAUGUACCAGUUGGACAUUACAUUAAGAAGGGGUCAAGGUUUAGCAGCCCGCGAUCGAGGAGGGACAAGUGAUCCAUACGUGAAGUUUAAAAUUGGAAGAAAGGAAGUUUUCAGAAGUAAAACCAUACAUAAGAAUCUCAAUCCAGUGUGGGAGGAGAAAGCUUGCAUACUUGUUGAUCAUCUUAGGGAGCCAUUGUACAUAAAGGUAUUUGAUUAUGAUUUUGGGCUACAGGAUGACUUUAUGGGCUCAGCAUUUCUGGAUCUCACACAACUAGAGUUAAACAGGACAAUAGAUGUGACUUUAACACUGAAAGAUCCUCAUUAUCCUGACCAUGAUCUUGGAAUCAUUUUACUCUCUGUUGUUCUUACCCCCAAGGAAGGAGAACACAGGGAUGUGCAGAAUUCAAUCCACAGCUUUCUUCAUUGGAGAAUUUGUGAAAUAAAAACAAUGCUAAUGAGGAAGAGUUGGAAAAGAUCAAGUAAGUUUCAGACCCAAAGUUUACGCCUGUCAGAUCUACACAGAAAGUCUCAUCUAUGGAGAGGAAUAGUCAGCAUCACAUUGAUUGAGGGGCGAGAUCUCAAGGCGAUGGACUCAAAUGGGCUGAGUGACCCCUAUGUGAAGUUCCGGCUUGGGCAUCAGAAGUACAAAAGCAAGAUUAUACCAAAAACUUUGAAUCCUCAGUGGAGGGAGCAAUUUGAUUUUCAUCUCUAUGAGGAAAGAGGCGGAAUCAUUGAUAUCACUGCAUGGGACAAAGAUGCUGGGAAAAGGGAUGAUUUUAUUGGCAGGUGCCAGAUCGAUCUGUCUGUUCUCAGCAGGGAGCAGACACACAAGUUGGAGUUGCGGCUGGAAGAGGGUGAAGGACACUUGGUUCUGCUGGUCACCCUCACAGCUUCAGCCACAGUCAGUAUCUCUGAUCUCUCUGCCAAUUCCCUGGAGGACCAGAAAGAAAGGGAGGCGAUAUUAAAGAGAUAUAGCCCAUUGAGGAUAUUUCAUAACCUGAAAGAUGUGGGAUUUCUCCAAGUGAAAGUAAUCAGAGCAGAAGGGUUAAUGGCUGCUGAUGUUACAGGUAAAAGUGACCCAUUUUGUGUGGUUGAACUGAACAAUGAUAGACUCCUAACACACACUGUCUAUAAAAAUCUCAAUCCUGAGUGGAACAAAGUCUUUACAUUCAACAUUAAAGAUAUCCAUUCAGUUCUUGAAGUGACAGUUUAUGAUGAAGAUCGAGACCGAAGUGCUGACUUCCUGGGCAAAGUUGCUAUACCAUUGCUGUCUAUUCAAAAUGGUGAACAGAAAGCCUACGUCUUGAAAAACAAGCAGCUGACAGGGCCAACAAAGGGGGUCAUCUAUCUUGAAAUAGAUGUGAUUUUUAAUGCUGUGAAAGCCAGCUUACGAACAUUAAUACCCAAAGAACAGAAGUAUAUUGAAGAGGAAAACAGACUCUCUAAACAGCUGCUACUAAGAAACUUUAUCAGAACGAAGCAUUGUGUCAUGGUGCUUGUAAAUGCUGCAUACUACGUUAAUAGUUGCUUUGAUUGGGAUUCACCCCCAAGGAGCCUCGCUGCUUUUGUGCUCUUUCUCUUUGUUGUCUGGAAUUUUGAGCUCUACAUGAUACCACUGGUUUUGUUGUCACUAUUGACAUGGAACUACUUCUUGAUAAUAUCUGGGAAAGAUAACAGGCAACGUGAUACCGUACUGGAGGACAUGUUAGAGGACGAGGAAGAAGAAGAUGACAAAGAUGACAAGGACAGUGAAAAAAAAGGAUUUAUAAAUAAGAUCUAUGCCAUCCAGGAGGUAUGUAUCAGUGUCCAGAACAUCCUUGAUGAAGUGGCUUCCUUUGGCGAAAGGAUAAAGAAUACAUUCAAUUGGACCGUCCCAUUCCUGAGCUGGCUGGCUAUUGUAGCCCUGUGUGUAUUCACAAUAAUCCUGUACUUCAUUCCAGUGAGAUACAUUGUCCUUGUCUGGGGUAUCAACAAAUUUACCAAAAAACUUAGAAGUCCUUAUGCAAUUGAUAACAAUGAACUACUUGACUUCCUUUCCAGAGUUCCUUCAGAUGUACAAGUGGUGCAAUACCAAGAACUGAAACCAGAUCCUUCGCAUAGCCCAUGUAAAAGGAAGAAAAACAAUCUGGGCUAGCCAACUCCCAGCACUGAGGAGACCAGCAUCUGUUUGGGAAGAUAAAAGAAAAAGCCUCAGCCUCAGCAGCAUUUCCUUUCUUUCUGCUUUUUAUUUAUUUUGCCUUUUUAAAAAUCAUGAUUGAGAGAAUUUGUAAAUAGUGUACAAAGGCGUAUGUCUUUGAAAUUAUGCUUCCAUUGUACAGAAUCAGUUAGAGAAACGUGAACGAUUUGUUAGCCAUGGAUCAUACUAUAAUACGUUGGGUCAAGAACUGUAAGAAUAGCAAUAUUGGAAGUUACAUACUUCUCUAAUUACAAGUGGAAGGACCAGAAUAUUAGAUUAAAUGCUCAGCGCUGCUGCUUAGAUCAACAUAAAAUGUAAAUGUCUGUUUGAUUUUUUAAGUUUUUUUAAAUGUGACUUUUUUUUUUAUCUGAGAAGCAAUCCAUUACAGUUUCUAUGUUUUAUACAUUUUAAAAAGAAGGGAGAAGAAAGCUCCAAACCUGAAAAAUAGAACAGAUGCAUUUCAAUUUAACAAAAUUUUUGCCUUCAAAUCCGGAUACUCGUUCUUGUGCAUAUUAUUUGGAUUUGACUAGUGUGCUUUGAAGUUGUUGAGUGAAGGUACACUCACCUCUUAAGAGAAUUUUUCACACUGAAAUCCUACAAAGAGAACUUUCAAACCUUCUAUCAUUCCAUUAAAAAACCUUAAAAUCUCAAGUCUACACAUAAAUACUGCCAGAUUUAUAAAUGAUUGCCUAUCUGACUUUUAUAUAUGCCACUCCUUUCAUUUGUACCAUGCUGGCAAAUCAGUAUCCCAAUUCAGUUGACAAAAAUACUAGUAACUAAAUCUGUGUGACUUUUGGUGUCAGACUAUUCCUCUGUAUAUCUAAAACAAAAGUUAUUCUCAAGUGAUCUAACAGAAAAAUAAAAAUCUGCUUUUUCAUUAGGUUACUGAAAUGCUUUAAUACUUACUAUGAUUUUUGUUAUUAGUGCAAACUUUAAUGUAGAGGAGAAUGCGUGAGCUAAGUGAUAUGCCAGUGUUACAUUACAUUCAUUUCUGAGAAAAAAAUCAUUUUUGAUUAAUAUGAAUGCAUGAAAACCUAUUUUGUAAAAUAAACUGCUUAUGAGGAGGGUAAUUUUCCUUUGAAAGUUUCACUACUUACUAUAGAAUCUGUACUAAAAAAAUUGCAUUUCCUUAUAGUAGUUUUUGUAUCUAACUCCCGAUUAUAUCAAGGGAGCAUACCUCUGGAGAGAGAAUUUGGUCAGAAUGUCUUACUUCCCUGAUUUGGUAGGGGAUUCAGCUUGUUUGAAAUUGCUUCAGACACUGUUUUGCACUACUUUAUUAAUAAUAGACUAGGAAAGGUGGGGUUAUUGUUGGGAAAAAUAUAGAAAAGCCAGAAGCAAGUAAUAUAUAUUUCACUAUAAAGGAAAGUUCUUUAAAAAAAUAUUCUUUACAAAUAAAUUUAAUCUCAUCAAAGCUGAUUUUUAAAGUAUUUUUAUUUUAAAGCUAUGUUGUUAAAUACUAUUUCUUAUGAUAGAAAUAUUUUGAUCUGUUUAUACACUAUGCUUGAAAGAAUGUCAAUUAAAUUCCCUUUCUACAGAAAGGCUUGACCUCAAUAUGCUCUAUUUAGCGUACCAUAUUUAUAAUGACAUACUUACAUCUCUAUACCCAUCACUGUUCAUUGCUAAAACAUAAUACUCCAUGAAGUUGAUAUUACUACAGAAAGUUUAUUGAUGGGAUAAUUGGUCUGACAUAAAUUUUGAUUAGACCUUGUGUGAGAUUUAUGUUCUGUGCCGACAUUGUCUACUCAAAUGUCUAUGGGCAGGCCUGAUAU